AUGUGACAACUGUCUUCGGGCGAAGCAGCAUUAUGUGUAUUUUGAAUCUAUCUGUCUGAUCUACACCGCUACACGUCAGCUCCGAGGACGGCCGUUGCCAUUGGUUGUCGUUUAUCACGUGUUUAUUCUGAAGAUGGCGUCUCCAAAUGGAGGUGACGAUUUUGAGUCCUCUUUGCUGAGUUUUGAGAAGUUGGACAGAGCGUCACCAGACCUGUGGCCAGAGCAGUUGCCCGGAGUUGCAGAAUUUGCUGCAUCUUGUAAAAAUCCCAUCACUAAUUCGCCCCCCAAGUGGAUGGCCGAACUAGAGAGUGAGGACAUUGAAAUGUUGAAAGAGCUGGGUAGUCUGACCACAGCCAACCUGAUGGAGAAGGUCAAAGGACUUCAGAACCUCGCUUACCAGCUGGGCUUAGAGGAGUCCAGGGAAAUGACCAGGGGGAAGUUUCUGAACAUCUUGGAGAGGCCCAAGAAGUGACAAGUUGGGGGAUUUUUUUGCAAGCAACAGGAAAUUUGGGACUGCAAGGUGAAUCUGAUGCGUUUACCAAUAAUAUGCUCUGAACAUGUUCAGACCUUCACAACAAAGUUCAAAGACUUUGCACUCAAACCGUUAAGUGGGAGCAAAAUGCUCACUCCCACAGCUGAGGUCUUCUCUCCAACCUCCUCAGUGCACCUGUUGUCCUCCUAGAUAGAAGGCUUUACAUUUAUGGAAAUUUCAAAUGAUUUAUUACGUCCUCUGAAUUUCUCUCUAGCUUGUAGAUCUGCUUUGAUUAAAUGUUCCCUAUUUAUUUCUUAUUUCUAUUUUAAACAUGAUUUACAUUUUUUGCAAUUUGUGAAGUUGUAUAAUAAAGUUUUAAAACGAA